UUUGGUCUAUUUAUAAUAACCCCUCACACCCACCAUUUUAUUUUCUCUCACUACAUCUCUCUCAUUCACUCCCUACGUCAUUUUCUCUCUCUUCACCGUUAACCUCAACGCGACCGUCAAUCACCACACACAUGGCAGACACUCAGAGAAACAGAAACCGUCCCGCCGCUUCCGGUCACCGUCAGCCAAAUCGAUUGCAAAGCCGCGCUCCAUCAUCACUUCAGAUCAACCGUACCGUCGAUUGGAACGUCGCGAUCCCCCUUCUGUCGCCGGUGGUUUCGUCACCUCCGCCUCAACAACUGCCGCUAGCGAAAAGAGAGGAGCUCAAACCGAAUCAGCAGCAGCAGAGACGGCAGAUCGCAGAGACGGAAAAAAUAGUUUUCAAAAAGUGGCAGCACCCUGCCGCGCCGUUUUGCUACGAGCAUACUUCGGUGGUUCCACCAUUUUGUUAAUUUAACAUGUAAACAUUGAAAAGAAGGAAAAUUUAAAUGUAAUUUAACACUGUUUUUUUUUACUGUACACAUAUUGAUAUUUGACAUAGUUUCAAUUUCGUAGUCAUAAAUAAUAAAUAAGACUUUGUUUUUC